AUGGCAGAAGAAAGACCAGGUGAUGCUCAUAUACCUAUAUGCACCAAAAUCCCAGUCAUUGAUCUUGGAAAAUCACAAAAAUUUGAAACAAUCAAGCAACUCUUGCUAGCUGGUCAAGAAUUUGGAUUUUUCCAGGUGAUCAACCAUGGAAUCUCAGAGAAUGUGACGACUCAAACAAUGUCUACCUUUGAAGAGUUUUUCAACAACAUAACUGAUGAAGAUAAAGUGAAUGUAGCAAGCAGAAAAGGAUGGAUGUUCACAGGGAGUGAGGAAGAAGUUAAAAAUGGUGUUCAUUUAUGGAGGGAUAAUAUAAAACACCCUCACCCUCUUCACAAAUGCAUGCAAAGUUGGCCAGAUAAACCAGCUAGCUACAGAGAAGUCGUGGGAAGAUAUGUUGCGGAAAUAAGGAAGCUGAGUUUGACAAUUUUGGAGCUAAUAGGACAAGGAUUAGGAAUUGAAUCAGGCUACUUUGAUGAACAAAGCCAAGUUCAAUUGUUGUCAGCAAAUAAUUAUCCACCAUGUCCAGAUCCAAGCUUGACUUUAGGCAUACCAAAACAUCUUGAUCCAAGCCUUAUAACAAUUAUAUAUCAAGGCAAUGUGAGUGGACUUCAAGUUUUGGUUGAUGGAAAGUGGAUGUGUGUUGAGGCUGUGCCUAAUGCUUUUGUUGUCAACAUAGGCAAUCAAUUAGAGAUAAUCAGCUAUGGGAUGUUAAGAAGUGUGAUGCAUAGAGUAGUAACAAAUUCAAAGGAAGCAAGAACAUCAAUAGCCCUAUUUGUGAAUCCAACUCCAAACAGCAUUGUUGAGCCAGCAAAAGUGUUGUUGAAUGAAUCUAAUCCACCUCUCUACAAAUCAAUUCUCUACAAAGAUUUUAUCAAUGCUUCCAAGGCUUUUGGUGCUCAUACUGAUGCCAUACAAAAUGAUGUUUAACCUAGUGCUCGUUUGGACAUGAUUUCAAAGAUUCACUUAAAGCAGUAUUGGUGAAAGCCAUCAACUCUCACCUAAGUACAAGGUUAGUCACUUAGUGUAGUAUAGUUAUGUAAUUAUACUAGGAGUAUAUGUAUUUUUUCAUAAAAAAUAUAAUGUUCAAAUGUCUACUACUUACAACUUGUACUU